CCAGUCCUUCUCUCUGUCCAUGUAUCUUACUCUCUCUCUUUAGGAAACUGAAACCUGCUUUGCAACCAGAAGACAGGAAGGAACUGCUCAGAGUUUGCUUUAAAAACAUUAUCAGCUUGCCUCCCUUAGAGAUCAUGCAGACAGAUAUGCCUCCCAAGGAGUCCCCCGCCAUCAAGAAUCUAUUCCAGGACACAUUGCAGGCUCUACGGAAGAUGCUGGAGGGCUUGGUCACAGAAAUGCCAACCUGGGUUGAGAACUACUUGGAGUUUCUUGAAACCUGGAUCAUUUCCCCAAGGGAGUAUAAGAGAGAACGAGCCUUGUGGUGUGGUGUCUGCAUCCUCAGUUUCACUGCCAGGAAGCACAAUUUUCAUGGUCUGCCCUUGGAUGCAUGUCAUCACAGUGGUUAUCAGCAGAUGUGUGUAGAAUGCCAGCAGCUUCUUCCACAAGACUUCUUCCAUCUGCCUGUUUGUCUCCGCUUAGUCAUCACUCUAGUUCAGAGUUUGCCAUCAUGAGAGUUUUACCAAGUAUGGCCUGAGACUUCAAAAAUUUUACACUGAAUAUGGCAGAUCAAAUCCAGGAAGGAAGCAUACAUUUCCCUUUUCCCUACACUCCUUACUCUAUCCAGAAGGACUUUAUGGCAGAGCUGUAUCGUGUUUUGGAGGCUGGAAAGAUUGGAAUAUUUGAGAGUCCAACUGGCACUGGUAAAUCCUUAAGUCUUAUUUGUGGCGCCCUUUCUUGGCUCCGUGAUUUUGAAAAAAAGAAGCGUCAAGAAGAAGCCCGUUUUCUUGAUAGAGGAAUUGCCCCACCAAAUCACUUGGAAGAACCUCCACCUCACAUGUCUACUAGCCAGGGGGCUCCAGAUACCUCAAAGCCUACUGGGGAGCCUGAUUGGAUUGCCCAGUUUGUACAGAAGAAAGAAGAAAAGGAUAUGAUAGACAAACUAAGGGAUGAACAAAUCAGGAAGAAGAAGCGAGAGGAACGUCUCCAACAGAUACGCCACAAUGCACAUUUAAAAUAUGCAGCCAAAAGAAUGAGACAAGAAGAAGAAGAGAUGGAGCACCUAUUACACCUCAGCAAGGAGAUGCUAGCAGCAGCAGGGAGUGGACAGCCAGAGGAAGAACUUGGCAGGGAAGAAGAGCUGGUUCUUGCUGAAUAUGAGAGUGAUGAGGAGAAAAAAACAGUUAGUGGAGCUCUUGAAGAGGAUGAUGAAGAUUUGGAAGAGGAGCAUGUAACCAAGAUUUAUUACUGCAGCCGAACACACUCUCAGCUGAUACAGUUUGUGCAUGAGGUACAGAAGAGCCCCUUUGGUAAAGAGACGCGACUUAUCUCCCUCGGUUCCCGGCAGAACCUUUGUGUGAAUGAAGAAGUAAAACGCCUGGGGUCAGUCCACCUCAUCAAUGACCGCUGUCUGGAGAUGCAGAAAAACAAGCAUGAGAAGAAAAAUAAAGAGGAAGAAAAGGCAAAGAAGAGGAAAACUGAGACUCGUACUUCCUGCCCCUUCUACAACUAUGAGCAGAUGCAGUUUCUUCGUGAUGAGGUUCUCAUGGAAGUGAAAGACAUUGAACAGCUGGUAGCCCUAGGGAAGGAGGCUCAAGCCUGCCCCUACUAUGGAAGCCGUUUUGCCAUUCCUUCAGCCCAGCUGGUGGUUCUCCCUUACCAAAUGCUGCUGCAUGCAGCCACCCGUCAUGCUGCUGGCAUUAAACUUGAGGGGCAAGUGGUGAUCAUUGAUGAAGCCCACAACCUGAUUGAUUCUAUCACAAGCAUCCACAGUGCUGAGGUUAGCGGUUCCCAGCUCUGCCAGGCUCACUCCCAGCUGUCUCAAUAUAUGGAGCGCUACAGGAAACUUUUGAAGGCCAAGAACCUGAUGUACAUCAAACAAAUUUUGUAUUUGCUGGAGAAAUUUGUGACUGUUUUGGGUGGAAAUGUGAAACAGAAUCCCAACACUCAAAACCUCUUUCAAACAGGGACUGAGUUAAAGACCAUCAAUGACUUCCUGUUUCAGAGCCAGAUUGACAAUAUCAACCUAUUCAAGGUACAGCGGUAUUUUGAGAAGAGCAUGGUUAGCAGAAAGUUUGCCCCAAUACAGCUAUUUGGAUUCACCAAGGAAUAUGGUGGUGUCUCUAUCCUUCCACCUUCUAAAGAGCGAUCCAAGUUGGCUGGUUUCCAACACUUCUUGCAGAGCCUUAAGCCUGGGACUGGAGCAGCUCCAUCAUCUCCUUCUGGAGAGGAUGAGAGCAGACCACCUUGGCUUGGCUCUCCAUUGAUGCAGAUUGAAAGCUUCCUUGCAGCUCUCACCACUGCCAACCAGGAUGGCAGGAUAAUUGUGAGCAGACAAGGCAGCUUGAGUCAGAGUAGCCUCCGAUUUCUCCUCCUGAAUCCCUCGGUGCACUUUGCCCAGGUGGUAAAGGAAUGUCGGGCAAUGAUCAUUGCUGGAGGCACCAUGCAGCCGAUGGCUGAUUUUCGUGAACAGUUGUUAGAGUGUGCUGGGAUUGGAACAGAGCGUGUGGUUGAGUUUUCCUGUGGCCACGUAAUCCCUCCAGACAAUAUUCUACCCAUUGUCCUUUGCAGUGGGCCCUCUAAUCAGCAGUUGGAAUUCAUCUAUCAGAAGAGAGAACUGCCUCAAAUGAUGGAUGAAAUUGGCCGAAUCCUCUGCAACCUAUGCAACGUGGUCCCUGGGGGUGUGGUCUGCUUUUUCCCCUCCUAUGAGUACCUGUACAAGGUACAAGCACAUUGGGAGCAGAGUGGUCUGCUGACUCGUCUGGCGGUGAAGAAGAAGAUAUUUCAGGAGCCUAACAGAGCAAACCAGGUGGAACAGGUGCUGACUGAAUACUCCAGGUGCAUUAAGCGAUGCAGCCAAGUGAAAGGUGUGAUGACUGGGGCCCUUCUCCUUUCUGUGGUUGGAGGGAAGAUGAGUGAAGGGAUCAACUUCUCUGAUGACUUAGGGCGGUGUGUGGUUAUGGUGGGCAUGCCCUACCCCAACAUCAGAUCCCUGGAGCUGCAAGAGAAGAUGGCGUACCUGGAUCAGACCCUUCCCAAUAGCCCAGGGAAAUCUUUGAUUGAAAACCUGUGUAUGAAGGCUGUCAACCAAUCUAUAGGAAGGGCCAUUCGGCAUCAGCAGGACUUUGCCAGCAUCCUGCUCCUGGACCAGCGUUAUUCUCGCCCAUCCAUCCUGGCCAAACUGCCUAGCUGGAUCCGAGACCAGGUGGAAAUCAAAGCCACAUUUGGGCCAGCUUUUGCUGCUUUGCGGAAGUUUCACCGGGAGAAAUCUGAUCCUUCCUGACAGAUGAGCAUCAAUCCCUACUACAUGCCUAAGCCUGCUACAUUUGUUAGUUAUGUCUACAGGAGUUGUGGCUGCAAAGAUGACAAAACACAGAUGGAUGAGGGUGGGAUCUAGCCCCAGCUCUUUCUGCCCUGUCCUCUGGUGUGAGGACUGGAGGAGCCAGUUUUAUGUUGGUGAAAAAUAUUUGGACAGCAAGACUUCCAGGACCUACCUUGCAGGUAGAAGUUAGAAGAAAAGCUGGGAUUUGGAGCAGAAGAUUGAGUGGAUGGGUGGUGGGUUAGGGUGUUGUAGGUUUUGUGUUGCAGGUCUAGGCUGAAUCAGUUCUCGGAUGCGAUGGACAGAGAAGUUACAGUAUGAGAAAGAUGUAGGUUGCAUUUCAUUUUAGUAAAAGUAGAAAGAAAAAUGUGAUGUUAUUUGGAAGAAGGAUUGCGAAUGGACAUUUUUGCACUUGGUCUUACUGGUAGCUCUUGCUUCCCUUCCUGCUGAUUUGUUGUGAAACACUGUCCAGACCCAAAGUGAAGCUGCCCCUAGACAGUCAUAAUGUGGGACUGUCAUAAAUUUCUCCUGAAGCAUGUCAAGUUUGUGUGGUAUGUCUAUCUUCUUUGAGGAUCUAUGAAGAGAUUCAGCUCCAGUCUUCUGCCGUCUGCAGCACCACCUCCCUGUUGAGCUCAUUUAGCCCUUUUUCUCACAAAGAAAAUCUUAGUCCAUGGUUUCACUACUUUUGCUCCCUGGAUAUCUCCCUGCCUCCUGAAAAGGUGCUGGGUUUAAAGGAGCACAGUUCAUAUAGUUGGUUCCAGUUCCCCUUUCAAAGCCAAUGGCAGUCACAGUUAUCUCCUUUCAUUGACAUUAGCAUUUAUAUGUUGGGGGCUGUUGGGUUCCCACUCUGUCUAUUUUAACCCACCCCAUGUCUAUUUCUGUGUCUUUGCUGUGUGGAUAUCUAUACGUUGCGAUAUCUGAAUCUCCCAUUUACUACUUAUUCAUGCCCUGAAGAAGAGGACCCCAUCUACUCUAAUAAUGGUGAAAGGAAGGACUUGCUCUUACUGUCAUGGAUUAACAUAACUAUUGGUGCCUUAAUUAAAGUGCACACUUGGUUCAUGCA